UGUUUCUGUAUCAUCGGACGGGGCGUUCCCAAGUCCAGGCAAGCUGUUCCCACCAUGACGACCUCAUACCAGAAGGAGCUGGAGAAAUAUCGGGACAUUGAUGAAGACAAGAUCCUAAAGGAACUUUCACCGGAGGAGCUGGCCCAGUUGGACUUGGAGCUGCAGGAAAUGGAUCCUGAAAACGUCAUGCUCCCAGCUGGGCUUCGCCAGCGAGACCAGACCAAGAAGAGCCCGACAGGACCGUUGGACCGGGAUGCCCUCAUGCAACACCUGGAGAAGCAGGCGCUGGAGGUGAAGGAGCGCGAAGACCUGGUGCCCUUCACAGGCGAGAAGAAAGGGAAACCCUUCAUUCCAAAGAAUCCCAAGCGAGAGAUCCCCAAAGAAGAACAGAUCACGCUGGAGCCUGAGCUGGAAGAGGCCUUGGCUAAUGCCACCGAUGCAGAGAUGUGCGACAUUGCAGCCAUCCUCGGCAUGUACACCCUGAUGAGCAACAAACAGUACUACGACGCCAUCUGCAGCGGCAACAUCACCAACACGGAAGGAAUCAACAGUGUGGUGCAGCCAGAUACAUACAAACCAGUCCCAGACGAGCCCCCCAACCCCACCAACGUGGAUGAGACGCUGAAGAAAAUACAGAGUAAUGACAAGGAGCUUGAAGAAGUCAACCUUAAUAAUAUUAAGGACAUUCCCAUUCAGACGCUGAAAGAAAUUUGUGAAGCCAUGAAAUCCAACACUCAAGUGAAGAGGCUCAGUCUAGUGGCUACCCGGAGCAAUGACCCAGUGGCACAUGCAGUGGCUGAAAUGCUAAAGGAGAACAAGACGCUCCAAAUCCUCAACAUAGAAUCCAACUUCAUCACCAGCGCUGGGAUGAUGGAAGUGAUUAAAGCCAUGAAGAAGAACACCACGCUGUGCGAGCUGAAGGUGGACAACCAGUGUCAACAACUGGGGGACUCUGUGGAGAUGGAGAUGGCCGCCAUGCUGGAAAACUGUCCCUCCAUCGUCCGGUUUGGCUAUCACUUCACACAGCAGGGACCAAGAGCCAGGGCAUCUUUUGCUAUAACCAAGAACAACGAACUGCGCCGCAAACAGAAGAAAACAUAAUGAUUUCCUCCUGGCCGGAAUCCAGAGUGCCCUUCGCAUCCUCUUGUGCCUAAAACAUCGUUCCUGAGCUCAGGCCUUCUCCGAAGGUCACAGUUUUUCAGAUGGAAUUUUCUUUUUCUUUUCUUUUUUUAAAAAGGAUAUUUUGGAGACCGUCUCCUCCUCUCCCCCCUCCCUACACCCCGCCUCGCUGUCGCCAGCUCAGGUUCUUUCUUCCUCGGAGUCGUAGUACCAUGUCUUAGACCUUCAUUACCUCUGUAAAUAAAGAGCUCUCAGACUGAUAA